CAACCCCAAGCGGCACCCAUUGCUGUUGUCCAUGAGACGGCGUUGCUAGGUGACGCGUUCCAGAGUUCCUGACUCUCGCGCUGUGGUGAGCGGUGGGACAGGAGUCCACACUAUGGCCAAGAGCCAGGCUCCUGCGCGGUUUGGGACGUGGGUUUGUGGGUGUUUUGUGGGGCUGUGUCGGUGCCUCCAGAGGUUCUGGAGCAUCCAUAUCAUGGGCUUUUUUGUUAAGAAAAAGGAAGAACGUCUUCCUCCAGCUGAGAGUAUAUUUCACAAAGAAAAAAUUGUGGUGCUUGGCCACAUAUUGAAGAACGAAUCUCUGGCCAUUGAGGAGAGGGCUCGAGCUGCCCACAGAAUCGGCCUGCUGGCCUUCACAGGAGGGCCGAUGGCUGGGACGUUUGCAGCCGAGUCCAUGAAAGAAGUAGCUCUCUUGCUACAAAGUCACAAGAUGGCACCAAAGGCAAAAAUCCUGCUGCUCCAGAGUGUGGCAUGCUGGUGCUACUUAGACCCCGCCGCCCAGAACAGGGCCAAGCUUCUGCAGCUUAUCCCAAUUCUCACUGCAAUUUUUGAUAAUGAACCUGAGUCGACCAGCAAGACUGAAAUCAAGAGCGACCUCCUGGUGAAGUUUUGGACGUGUUACGUCCUCUCCGUCAUGACAUGCAAUAACUUGCCCCUCAUGAAGGAGCUGAGGGAGGAAGGCAGCCUGAAACGCCAGCUGCAGGUGCUUGCUGCUGGGGACUGGGCUGGGUGGCCGGAGAACUUUGCCGAGGUGCUCUACUUCCUGAUCGGCUUCCACAAGAACUAGCUUCUCCGAGUGUCAUGUCCAGCUGUGCUCUACUUCCUGAUCGGCUUCCACAAGAACUAGCUUCUCCGAGUGUCAUGUCCAGCUGUCUGCACCCCUGGAGGGCCCUGGAAAAUGAAAUAAAUGAUAAA